UGCGCUUCUCUGCGACAUCGAAACAUUCGCAUCUUUAUCAACCAACCAACCACAAAAUCAGAACAUCACAACAAGAGAUGGCGCGCCAACUACUCACCACACUACUCCUCCUCGCCAUCACCUUCACCACAACUCUCGCCUCAACCCUACCCCAACAAACAUCCUUCCCACUCAACCGCACACCCAACCCCCUCGACACGCGCUCAAACUACGGCUGGUCCCCCGCCGUCCUCCUCCAAGACAGCACAGGAAUAUGCCCCCAAUACGCAUACAUAAACUGCCAAAGCAUCUCUGGCCCAAACUACUGCUGUGGCGCUGGCACCUACUGCGCUUACGGAGGUCCAGAAAAUCAUAUCGGCUGUUGUGCGGAUAAUGCGGUUUGUGAUGGUGAGCCGGUGGUGCCUUAUACGACUGUGUGGGUGCCGUCAGCUACUGCUACUACUUGGUGGACGCAGUCGGGAACUACGGCGACGGGAUUGAUUGGGCCGGCGUACACUGUCACCACUACCACGACGGCAACGCAAUAUGUCACUGGCCCGGCGCCAACGAUUUGUAGCACGCUGUUUGCCAAAGGAGAUAAUUUGCCUACGACUGCUGCUGCGGCUUGUGGGCUUGUUCUCGUGGUUAACGAUGCACCUGGAAGAGGUGUUGGCAUGGGACUUGCUGCUGGACUAGCUGCUCUGAAUGGAUUUGCUGCAGUAUUGGGAUGGAUGGGAUUGGUUUAAGGAAGUUGGGAAGGGGAAAAAGAAGGAGCCAUGGACAGCA